CCAAACCUCCAUCUCUCUUUUGAUAUUCCUCCUUGUCCUUCCUGCAUUUCACCUUUUCACACUCAAAAGAGUCAAAACCUCAAACUACAACAACAAUGCGUGAGCCUGUACCAGACGACGUCGUGGAAGACAUCCUGGCUCGGCUACCUGUAAAAUCCUUAACCAGAUUUAGGUACGUUUCGAAAUCUUGUAACUCCAUCGUCACUGACACAACUUUCAUCAAAAAACACUUGAAGCUCAACCUCAACCAAUCCGAAUCAUCAAUAUCCGCAAACACUCACAGUGGGUAUUUGCUAUAUACUACAGAGGAUAAGGAUGGUUCAUCAUCUUCCAAAGAAUUGUGUACGGUUGUUCGCAACAAGGACCGCACAUGGACCCAGUUUUCUAGGUUUGAAAUCCCGUCUUUUUUUGACAAGUACAUGAUUUUUGCUUUCUGUAAUGGCUUGUUCUGCCUAGCUAGUUGUGAGAAAGAACUUUGUCACAUUAUUUAUUUGUGGAACCCAAGUAUUAGAAUGUGUAAGAAACUUGGAGCUACUCGCUUUAAUCGCAAGUAUAAUGAAAGAGCCGCUUUUGGGUUUGCUUAUGAUUCUCUGAACAACGACUUCAAGAUUCUGAGAGUUGUGUGUCAUGCGAUGUUCAAUGAAUCAGAAGCUGAAGCAGAGAUUUACACGUUAAGUUCAGAUUCGUGGAGGAAGGUUGUAAUAUCAAUGCAGUCCUUAAGAGGGUGUGAAGUGACUGAACCCAAACUUGGGACUAUUUUUGGUGUUUGGGGUCCCUUUACAUUUUAUAAUGGGGCUCUACACGCUUUUGCUCAUACUAUUGGCUAUUCUUUCAUUUUGUCCUUUGACAUUAGUGAUGAGAGCUUCCAUGAGAUAAUGAUGCCUCGUAAUCACUAUGAUUCAGAUACUACAAAUUUCACUAAACUUGCAGAGUAAAAGGGAUUGCCAGCUGAUUUUGUUUUCGCUCUUGCUGAUGGCAAUAAGCCUUUUGGGAGAAACUUAUGCAACAUAUGGGUUAUGGAGAAGUACGGUGUGGCCAAGUCUUGGACUAGAAAAUUUGUGAUACCAAUGGAAUGGGUUUGGGCAGGUAAUUUCUUUGGCUGCACUAACAAUGGUGAACUUCUCAUUAAGAAUGCCACUGGGCUGGUUUCAAUUGACCCUGAGAGUCAAAAUCAGAACAUUCUCGACAUUGAAGAUGCUAAUUGGGUGGCUUUCUCAACUAAUUCAAUGGAGAGCUUGGUUUUACUUGAUGGGGGCUCAUUCAUCACUCAGAAUGUUUACACAGAGAGAGAGAGAGAGGAGGAGGAGGAGAAAAAGAACUCCAAUGUUUGCUCCAUGGAUGACCUAGGCGGUGCUUCGGGCAGCGGUGGUGGCCUAGACAGUGGCAGCAGUGGCGAUUGCCACAGCAGGGCGACUUAAUAAAAAUUAAUUGGAAAAAUCCUUGGUCUCAUUAGGUUCCUUUACACUGGUGGUUAGUGAUUAUAUUUCUGCUAGCAAGAGCAGUUUUGAGUGGCAAAGCUUUAUAAAGAAGCUGCCACUAAAGAGAUCAAGGAUUAUCUUAAUCCUUGAAUUUUCUUAUAUAGUUAUAUAGUUAUCUAUGUGUUUGGAGAACACUCAAUUUAGGGAUGAACACAAUUUACUUUCGUAAAAUUAAGACAUAAAUUGUUGCUCUGUUUUUCAUACAUAAUAGAUGUAAAAAUAGUAUUUCUAUCUAAAUUAUGGGCAUAAGUUUUUUUGCAUUGGAAUUAGAUGUUACUGUUACAAAGUUCAUAAACCUAAACCAACAUUUUGUUCUUGGAACUUGAUGUGCUCUAGGUAAAAUAAUUCUUUUAAGAAUAUGUUAAGAAAUAGAGCUGAGCUAAUGAUUCUUUGUACAGAACGUAGUAAUGGUAAGCAUCUAAAAGGAUGCUUAGUUUUGCUGUGAUUUUCUUUUGUUCAUUCACAAAAUGCUUUUUGGACUCUCCUCUAAUAGCAAACAAAACUGAGUCUAGGAAAGAUUUGAAAACUAGAAACAUACUUGGUCUAUGGUAGUACACCCUAGAACACAUCAAACUUGGGUCUAUAGUGAUACUUCUGCCGAGCAAUAGCCAAUGCAUGCUUUACACGCUAAAUAUCUUAAAACCUUAGUUCCUUUUAGAAAGCAGUUUCUCCUUGAUGUUAGUAAGAGAAAUACAACAAUGUAGGGCAAGAACAAAAAUUUUGGUAUGACAAAACUCAACUUAUAGAUUUCUGUAGUUUGUAUUGGUAUCCUGGACAGGCAAUGUUGACACCAACCUAUUCCACUUCUAAGCUAAAAGAGAAUCUCCCAAAUCACAUACAUGAUGCAAUUGUUAUUUCAUAAUCUUGGCAAUCUUGUGAAAUGCAUGUGUCAGAAGGAGAAACACUAUAAACAGAACAAUUUUCACAAUAUUUCUCACAAAAAUUGAGCUGAGAGGUUUUUAUUGAUUUUUGUUUGGGCUAAUCACCAACAUCACUUUACUUUUUACCAUUAAUAACUUGCCACUUUAAUAUUUGUAUAUAUUUUGUGAAAAAAGGUUGUCUCUAGAGCUCUUGAAUGGGUAAAGAACCUUUCUGAGCUUAGUGGGAAAAGGCAGUUGGCAACCUCUUGGGAAAGAAGUUGCUUGUACAGGUACAAGGGUUUCCUCAAAGAUCUCACAUUUAUGAUUCAACAACUUGUCACAGUAGUU